CUUCUAUAUGAAGAUUAUUUACAAUUUUAUAAAUAUUACAAAUCUCUUCCUCUGAUCCGUUGUAUAUAUUUCGAUUCUCUUCUCAAAAUCUUCGACCACAAGGGGAAGUGCUCAAGAACAUGCGAAGAUUUUGAAAUGAGUAAUCGGACAGGACUUCUUCGAAUUCGCCUGUUGCGAGGCAUCAAUCUCGCCAUUCGUGAUGCUCCCACCCGCAGCAGCGAUCCCUACGUCGUCAUCUCCACCGCUAACCAGAAAUUCAAAUCUCGAGUGGUGAAAAAAAACUGCAAUCCACAAUGGAACGAGGAAUUCACUCUCUCAAUUACGGACAUCAACACACCAAUCAAAUUAGCAGUGUUCGACAAAGAUCGGUUCACGAAAGACGACGGAAUGGGGGAUGCAGAGAUCGACAUAAAACCGUACAUAGAGUGUUUGAAUAUGGGAUUAGAGAGUCUGCCUAAGGGUUGUGUGGUGAAAAGGGUUCAACCAAGCAGAUCAAACAACCUUGCAGAUGAGAGCCCUUGCGUUUGGAACGAUGGUAAGAUCAUCCAAGACAUGACUCUCAGAUUACAGAAUGUUGAAUGUGGUGAAAUCGCGAUUCAGAUUCAGUUGUUCAAUGCUUCUGGGAUUAAAGGCAUGAGAACCUACUCUUUAUCCUGAAAAACAUCGCCUCCUCCAAUGCUUCUGGGAUUAAAGGCAUGAGAACCUACUCUUUAUCCUGAAAAACAUCGCCUCCUCCUUUGAUUUCAUUUGUUCGUGUUCGUCAUUGCGAUGCUCUGUUCCUGCUCCGCUUUCUCAUUUCACACCAAUUCCAGAAAUCAGAUACGUUUGAUUUAGUCGUGAAUGUAAAUUUGCAUUGUGUGUGUUUCUUGUGAAAUGAUUUUGGUUUGCCUACAAGAAGUUUGUACCCCCAGAUUAUUGGUUCGUUUGAAUGUUAUUCUUUCCAUUGUUAUAUUGCGUACUAA